ACGAAUCGUUAAAGAUGUGUGGAUUUGGAGAUUUCUUAUCAUUCCAUGUCUGUCUCUUACCAAACAUUUGGAGGCUUUUCUUUGUGCUGAGCGUCUUAUUUCCCCACAACCACAGCUCAUUAUUGGAAUGUUCACCCACCUGCGUGUGCUCACCCAGCGACAUCUACUGCAAUAUGGCAGAAAGCACCCUGUGGCCCUUCCAGGGCACUGAGAGCUUUGACAACGACACUGAGAGCCUCCAAAAGCUAUUCCAGAACAUCACUUCCAUACAUUUUGACAACUGGACCGGUGCUCGGACGUUAGAGGAUGUUCACAUGGAGAUGUUCACUGGCUUGCAGAGGCUAAGUGUGACCAGCAGCAGCCUGCAGACAGUCCAGCCAAGUGAUUUCUUCAACAACCCACAACUGAGCUACAUAAACCUGUCCAAGAACCCCAUGUUGACGACUUUGUCCUGGAAGAGCUUUGAAAACGUGCAACUCAUUGAACUACAUUUAGAAGAUAUGACCUUUGAUUGUGGCUGUGAGAUCCGCUGGCUGCAGUUAUGGCAGCAAAGAGAUGCUAUGGGGCUAAGUAGCCAACAGUUAUAUUGUUCCAACAGCUCCCAGAAGAUACUUCUGCAAGAAAUGAACAUAAGCAAUUGUGACCUUCCAGAAAUUACCAUGAGCCACAGCGUCCUUACAGUGAAAGAGGGCGAAAGUGUAGCAGCAACAUGUAAUGGCUCUGGAUCCCCAUUACCUGAGGUUGACUGGCCCAUUAGCGGCUUGCACACUUUAACAUUACAAGAGGCCAGAAUCUACGACAACAGCACCGUUCGUUCUAUAAACGUCACUUUGGUAAACGUAAGCAGAGAUGACAACCUUUCCCUUCUGAACUGCACAGCCACCAACGUUGUAGGCACAACCAACGCUUCCAUUCAGCUUAUUGUCCACUUUUGUCCUUCCAUUAUACAUCUAAAGGAGCCAGAGAUUCGCCAUGAUAUAUGCAUAGUAUUCACUGUAAGAGGUUCACCCGAGCCAACAUUAAGAUGGUUCUACAACAACAAGGAAAUAUCCUAUACAAAGUAUGUGUAUCCACAUAUGGAAUUUUACAAUGACUACAUAGAGGGAUGCCUUAUAUUCAAAAACCCAACUCAUCACAACAAUGGCAACUAUACACUGCAGGCUACAAACUACCUGGGUGUGGUCACCAGCACUGUUUAUGGACACUUCCUUGACAAGCCUUUUGAAGUAACCCCAACAACAGAGACUCCUGCCCAACAUGACGAUACCUUUUGGGUUUCUAUAGCAGUCGGACUUGCAGGCUUUGCUUGCGUCAUGCUGCUGGUUAUCUUCCUCUUCAAUAAGUAUGGCCCAAAUUCCAAGUUAGCCAUCAAAGGUCCAGGUGAGGAAGACUCUAACAGCCCACUUCACCAUGUCAAUCAUGGGAUUAUGAGCCCGUGUACACUGGAUGGUGGACUUGAUGCUUUGAUGAUUGGAAUGAACAGGAUUCCUAUUAUAGAGAAUCCACAAUACUUCAAACAUGGACACAACUGCAGUAAACCCACCGCAUUUGUUCACCAUAUAAAACGGAGGGACAUUAUUUUACAGAGGGAGCUUGGAGAAGGAGCAUUUGGCAAAGUCUUCCUUGCUGAAUGUUACAAUCUGAGCCCCACUAAGGACAAAAUGCUUGUGGCUGUAAAGACUCUGAAAGAUUCCAUGCUAUCAGCCAGGCAAGACUUCCAACGGGAAGCUGAACUGCUGACCAAUCUCCAACAUGAACAUAUCGUCAAGUUUUAUGGAGUAUGCGCUGAAGGAGAUCCACUCAUCAUGGUCUUCGAGUAUAUGAAACAUGGGGAUCUGAAUAAAUUUCUCAGAGCCCAUGGGCCAGAUGCCAUGAUCCUGGUGGAAGGACAGCCCCUGCAGACUAAUGGGGAGUUGGGUCUGUCCCAGAAGCUUCACAUCGCCAGUCAAAUCGCAGCAGGAAUUAUCUACCUUGCAUCGCAACACUUUGUGCAUCGAGAUUUGGCUACAAGAAACUGUCUGGUGGGGAAUGGCCUACAGGUGAAAAUAGGAGACUUUGGCAUGUCAAGAGACAUUUACAGCACAGAUUAUUACAGGGUGGGAGGUCACACCAUGCUGCCCAUUCGAUGGAUGCCCCCAGAGAGUAUCAUGUACAGGAAGUUCACCACUGAGAGUGACGUGUGGAGCUUUGGCGUUAUUCUGUGGGAAAUAUUCACUCAUGGCAAACAACCGUGGUUCCAGCUGGCCAACAAUGAGGUGAUUGAAUGCAUAACUCAAGGCAAGGUUCUGGAGCAUCCAAAGCUCUGUCCCAAAGAAGUCUAUGACGUGAUGCUUGGCUGCUGGCAGAGAGAACCACAACAGCGUCUUCACAUGAAGGACAUUCAGAAGACUCUGUUAUUGCUAAUGAAGGCCACGCCCGUUUAUCUGGACAUACUUGGUUAGAAACAGAAGCACAUGAAGAGGAAUGAGAGUACAAGUGUACUGUGUAUUGUGACAACACACUUUAGACAAAGAACUGGUUGGUUUUCAUGAUAUCACACAUUGUGUACUAACACUUUUAAUUGGAGUUCAGUUUGCUAGGAAAAGAUGUUUAGCUGCCAUCUCAUACUCAAACUUUUCUUUUGAUAAGUUCGUAAUAAUAAUGGAUUGGACGCUUUUGUUUUUACUCCCAUCUUUCAGGAGUGAAUCUCAGAGAUCUUAACUUUGUGUGGUCACAAAUUGGAGCAGUACAGUCACAUGAACAAAGCGACUGUGAAGGGGCUCCAACUUACACAGGCUUUAUGGUUACUGGUUAAGACUGAAGGGGCUCCAACUUACACAGGCUUUAUGGUUACUGGUUAAGACUGUGAAGGGGCUCCAACUUACACAGGCUUUAUGGUUACUGGUUAAGACUGUGAAGGGGCUCCAACUUACACAGGCUUUAUGGUUACUGGUUAAGACUGUGAAGGCGCUCCAACUUACACAGGCUUUAUGGUUACUGGUUAAGACUGAAGGGGCUCCAACUUACACAGGCUUUAUGGUUACUGGUUAAGACUGAAGGGGCUCCUACUUACACAGGCUUUAUGGUUACUGGGCAAGACUGUGAAGGGGAUCCAAUUUACACAGGCUUUAUGGUUACUGGUUAAGACUGUGAAUGGGCUCCAACUUACAAAGGCUUUAUGGUUACUGGUUAAGACUGAAGGGGCUCCAACUUACACAGGCUUUAUGGUUACUGGUUAAGACUGUGAAGGCGCUCCAACUUACACAGGCUUUAUGGUUACUGGUUAAGACUGUGAAUGGGCUCCAACUUACACAGGCUUUAUGGUUACUGGUUAAGACUGUGAAGGGGCUCCAACUUACACAGGCUUUAUGGUUACUGGUUAAGACUGUGAAGGGGCUCCAACUUACACAGGCUUUAUGGUUACUGGUUAAUACUGUGAUGGGGCUCCAACUUACACAGGCUUUAUGGUUACUGGUUAAGACUGAAGGGGCUCCUACUUACACAGGCUUUAUGGUUACUGGUUAAGACUGAAGGGGCUCCAAUUUACACAGGCUUUAUGGUUACUGGUUAAGACUGUGAUGGGGCUCCAACUUAUACAGGCUUUAUGGUUACUGGUUAAGACUGUGAAGGGGCUCCAACUUACACAGGCUUUAUGGUUACUGGGCAAGCCAAUAUUACAGGAGGAGAACAAGAUGAUUCAGUCCAUGACCAGCUUUCUGCAAUCAAAGUGGGUGGGUGUCUAACAAGCUGCUUGGCUGAAACGACAUCACACCGGUCAGAUCAUGAAGUUACAUUAAAAAUGAAGGUGGUAUUGCUGAGGCAGAGAAGCAAGGAACAAACCUUUUACAAACACACAAUGCUGGCAUAGCCAAGAAAGCAACGUAAAGAAGCAGGAAAGAAGAAAUGAUUAUUAAUUAUUUAAUCGUGGAACCCAAAGUACUUGUUGUCAAAGAUAUCAAUAAACUGAACAAAUAUUGAAGAUGACAUCAUCUCGACUACAAAGAACUGAAAGACAAAGACUUGAUGCAGCUUGAAGUCCACUCUAGUCCGACUCAUUCACAAUGUUUACUUCAGUGUUUGUUUGAAAUGUCUUUGUUUUUCUUAUCUUUAUUCAGUUAUUCAUUUUCUAUCAUUCUUUACAAUGUAGUUAGUUGAACAAUCCACUGUACAAUCUGUAAAUGAGCCAGAUUAUAGCAUAGUAUCAGUAUAGCAUUUCCAUCUUUAGUUCCUCCUGGGAGCAAGGUGACGGACGUGUCUUGUCCAAGGGCAUAACGGCAGUGACUAGGAGGGCUGAAGCUGAAUUCAUACCAGGAACCCUCAAGUUUCUGGACGACCGUCGGAGCACACCGCCCCAUUUUAUUUUUCUUCUUCUAUUUAAUAACUUUCCUAUUUUAAUCAAACAUACAGUGUACUGUAUUUUUCAUUAGGAUUGUCCCGAUUUAACCUUUUUCACUGCCAGUUCAAUAACAAUAUUGGAGCUUAGAGUAUUUGCAGAUACCGAUAUUAAUCCAAUAGGCUAUCAGCAUGACUUACACACAAUUGUAUUAUUUUGUUGUGUGAAAUGUUACUGUAGAAAAGGUUUGAUCAAGUCAAACAGAGAACAAUGGUAUGUAAGCUUAUUUAUUAUUAACUGUCUAUCAUGAACUUAUCCUGUGUUUCAGUUAGAGUAUAGAGGUAACACCUACAGUAGUUGUUUCAAUAAUCAAUUGUUAAGUUUAGCUCAUGGCACAAUAAGUUGAAUGAUGCGGACACGUUUGUUACUAGAUGCUUUCUAUGACAUUUCUGCCUUGGAAACUUUGUAUGUAUGCAACUAUAAUUAUUAGAUACUUGUUUAUAUUGACAAAUGUGCUGUUUUAGCAAUAUUGUUCAUUUAAGGACACUUAUUACAUAUGUCUGGCUUGUGUGAUGUUGUGUGCUUAGCUGUUGUGUAGCUGCUAUUUUCUCGUAGCCUAUUGCCGACCAUAUUUACACAGUAAACACUAAC